AUAAUUGUCAGAGAAGAUGAUGACAGCCCAACAGAGAACCCCACCACCUUGUCCAUCUCUGCCCCUCCCACACCUGCCAGCUCCACCAACCAGCUAAAGGAGAGUAUGGCCCUGCUGGAGUUGGACUCUGCUGAAUUCAAAGAGCUGACCCAGGCCAGGCUGUCUGACCAUCAAGACAACACUGUGCAGCAGCAUCAUGAUGAGCUCCAGCAGCUCAAGAGAGACAACCAAGCUUUGGAGCAGCUCACAGUACUGGGAUCUAUGAUUGGGACGCUUUAUGAGUACGGCCACAGAUCCAUAUUCGACGCGCUGUGUAUUCUGGGAAUACACAGUAGUUUCAAGAUGGCGGCGAGCAGGAGGCUGGCCAAGGAACUUGAGGAGAUUCGCAAGUCUGGAAUGAAAAACUUCAGAAACAUUCAAGUUGAGGAAUCAAACCUGUUGUCAUGGCAAGGGCUCAUUGUUCCUGACAAUCCUCCUUAUGACAAAGGUGCAUUCAGGAUUGAAAUCAUUUUCCCGACUGAGUACCCUUUCAAGCCUCCCAAGAUCACAUUCAAGACAAAAAUCUAUCACCCCAACAUUGAUGAGAAGGGCCAGGUGUGCUUGCCUGUGAUCAGUGCAGAGAACUGGAAGCCUGCCACCAAAACUGACCAAGUAAUUCAGUCCCUCAUUGCAUUGGUGAACGACCCCCAGCCGGAGCAUCCCCUGAGGGCUGACCUAGCAGAAGAGUACUCAAAAGACCGUAAAAAAUUCUUGAAGAACGCUGAAGAGUUUACAAAGAAACAUGGCGAAAAAAGGCCAAUGGACUGAUCACUCAACAAGCGUAUAGCCCUCUCUCUGUCUCUUUUUCCUCCUCUCCUUCUAUCUCACAUACCCAAUCAAAUACAGAACUCCCCCCCCCCCCCACACACACACACACACACACACACACACACACACACACCCUGUAGCCCAGGAGCCACCAAGCUGAAGCCAGGCAGGAGGCUCAAGCAGCCUUAGUCUCCCUCCCCUUCCAGGACUCUCUGUGGAUCAGACAGCUUCCUCCCUCUCUUCUUCCUCUUUACCCUCAGCCAUGAUUCCCCCAGACCAUUUAUAACUUUUUACUCUUUUCUUAAUGUGAAAAAAGGAAAAGGAAAUACUAUGGAAACUACAGGAUACACUCAGAGUGAUGUUUUAAUUUUCUGCUGGCUUUUCCUCUAUAUAAACAACCCUUGUGUUAAACAGAUCUCACUUAGUUAUUUUUUUUCUGGAGUAUUUUUUACAGAGCAAGGAGACUGGUUUAUUAGGUUUUGUUUUCCUUUUGCCCCAUCAUCAACAAUCUUUUUAGCUAAAACAAAUAUGAUAGAGGAGAAGCUACAGGUAGAACCUGGAGGUUUGUGCUGAGUGGUAUGUCUUCCUCUCUCACCUCCACUGCUUCUAGACUUGCACUGUACACUGUCCUCUCAUAUCUCCUUCCCCAAUCCACCCCUAGUUUGUAACCAGAUUGUAACUGACUCAGUGAAACAAUGUUAUUGCUGCAAAUGCUAUAGACCAUUCUUGAGUGUUUAGAUAAAAAUGAUUGGUUUCCAUCAUGUAGUUAUCAUCAGCAGGCCCCCAAAAAUAAAUUGAACAGCAGCCCCACAUUUUCUCAGUUGUUAUUUUGUUGGGUCUUUGACAGAUGAGUUGUCGUCUCAGACCUCACUGUUAAAACAGUUUCCUACAUGACAUACGGCUAUUUUAAUUUUCUUUUCCUGAAUGGUAUUUUGAUUUCUCCACUUGAAAUUGUUUUGAUUCACACCUGAUUGAGAAUAUUAGGCAAGAACUUCUUUGGUUGAUUUGAAUCCUACAGGCAUGUUUCCUGCAGCCCAGUAUAACCACCAGUCAGACUAGAAAUGGAUCAUCCCGCAGACAUAUCCCAGCAGCAGAUCAACUGUCAGCUACCCAACUGAAAGGGACUUAAUUGUCAGGGGAGAGGAGGGAGAAUCUGGAGAAGGAUGCACUCAGAUGGAAUGAAGCUCAGUUCCUUGAGGCAGUCCUACAAAUAUGCACCCUGAAGGCAGCUGGGAGAGGGCUGGCUGUCCAGGGAUGUGUCAGGACAUGGAAAGGGACUGCAGUGGCCAAAUAAAACACCAUGUAACAACUGUUUGAUCUGGUCCCAAUAUUGUUUCAUAAUAAAGAUGGCUAACCGUU